GCGGUGCGCUGCAGCCUGGUGUGCUGCAACCCGGUGUGCUGCAGCCCGGUGUGCUGCAACCCGGUGUGCUGCAACCCGGUGUGCUGCAGCCCGGUGUGCUGCAACCCGGUGUUCCCGCAGCCCGGUGUUCCUGCAACCCGGUGCGCUGCAGCCCGGUGUUCCUGCAGCCCGGUGUUCCUGCAGCCCGGUGUUCCUGCAGCCCGGUGUUCCUGCAACCCGGUGUGCUGCAACCCGGUGUUCCUGCAGCCCGGUGUGCUGCAGCCCGGUGUUCCUGCAGCCCGGUGCGCUGCAGCCCGGUGCUCCUGCAGCCCGGUGCGCUCCAGCCCGGUGCGCUGCAGCCCGGUGUUCCUGCAGCCCGGUGUCCGCGCAUCCCGGUAUUCGCUCAUCCCGGGGUUCUCUCAUCCCCGGGUUCCCUCAUCCCGGCGCUCCCGGCGCUCGUUCCCCGCUCAGCUCGGCUCGCCCGAGGGCACCGCGGCGGAGGCGCGUCCCGCAGCAUCCCGCAGCAUCCCGCAGCCAGGGGCCGGUGACCUUGGCGAGCGCGGCCGCUGCCACGGCGAUUCCCCGGCGGCUCGGCGUUCUCCAACCCCUCUGGAGCUGAAGAUGGACGUGAAGAGGGUGAAGGACUACCUGUACUGGCUGUACUACCAGUACCAGCUGGUGACGUGCAGCUACGUGCUGGAGCCCUGGGAGCAGUCCAUGUUCCACACCAUCACCGUCACCGUGCUGGCCAUGGUGGUGUACACAGCCUACGUCUUCGUGCCCAUCCACGUCCGCCUGGCCCUGGAAUUCUUCUCCCAGAUUUUUGGGCCGCAGCCCGAGAGCGCGGUGCUGAACUGAGCUGGCCCCGGCGGGGCCCAGCAGCUCCCGCAGCUUUGUGAAAUCGUGUUCGUGCUCAAGUUUGGCUCUUAGGAAAACCCCGCUUUGCUUCACCUCCGGGGCUGGAGAGCGGAGCGAGGCGCCAGCACAGCCCCUCCUCCAUAAACACUCUGGGAACGGGACACGGCACCUGGGAUGGCGCAGGAUCCAAGCAGCUCCCACUUCCAGCAGCCCCAUCCAACCACUCUGGCACAGACUGUUUCGGUGGCUCAUCGCACCCAAAGUUCCACCAGCACAGCCCAGUGGCCACGUUAGAGGAGACAAAACAUGAGGAUAUCCAGCAGGAUUUGAGCGCUCAUGCCCGGGGGCUUAUUGACUUCCAGGCUUUAAUGGAUGGGAGAGGAACUUGGAAGAGAAAGCAACAGGAAGACGAACUUAAAUCUUUUUUUUUUUUCACGUCUAAGUUCCUGCAUCUGAGUUCAGAGGGUCUAAAAUAUUUUCUUUGUGGAGAAAGUCCUCCACCUCAUCUUGCAUUUUUGUGAGGCUGACAGGAAGAAGCAGCCCUGCUCUGUCUCAGGGCCCUCCUGCCUUCCCUGAUGAAAAUCGAAAUCUUUUCUUGCUGCUCCCACUCACCGAGGCAGCAAAGUGGAAAUCAGCACCAGGGGAAGAGGAUCCGGAGUGGAAAUAAUAUUUUAAUACCUGCAGGGAAAGCUUAAAGAGCUCUCCUUUGCAAAGAAGAAAUUAGAUUUAUUACCAUUGCCCGUGGGGAGGUUUUGGAACAAUGGGAGGUUUGUUCGGUUCUCACCCUACACAAAUCAAACGUGGAUGCCAAACCAUAAAUUACAGCUGCACACUGCACGUCUCUACCAGCUGAUGCUCCUGCUAGUAGAAGUGAGAAGUGCAAAAUGUAAAUAGCUUUCCAAUGAUGUUUGCACAGUUCUAGAUUAAACAAAUUUAAAAUAAAUAAAUAAAUAAAUAAACCUCUUAACUUCUUUCUCAAGCUGCAGCGGGCUCCUGCAUGCUUCAAAGCACAAGUUGGUUUGGAAACGAAGAACAUGUGGUGAAGGUUGCCCAGAUCUGAACAUGUGUAUGCAGUUUUUUCAGCCAAAAAAACGAAAAUAAAAUUUUAUUCUUCAGAAAC